UUCGUCCCCCUCUCUCUGAGCGGCAAAACCCGCCCUUCACGUCAAAAGUUCAAUUCUUCCUCUCCAUCAUUUCCUUCCAUUCUUAUCAUCGGCAUCAAAAAACUCCCAUCUCUCGUUAUUGGGAUAUGUCGUGAAGAAAUAGGAAAAAAAAACUGCUUUGUCUUUAUCAACUCUGUGGGCAGCAUCAUGCCCGAGACUGCCAUCCCGAGCCGGGCCUGGCAACACCGCUUUGACGGGAAGCCAAUCUCGUCGACCCCCGCCAUCGCCGAACUCGAUGUCGAACGGAACGAGUUGGCCCACACUUGGAAACGGUUUAUCAGCCUCCUUCUACCCCAGGAUCAGGUUCAAUGGGAGGAACGACCACAGACAGUAAUUGACGUGCAGACCUUGCUCGGCAAUAUCAAGACAUUCUGGAUGUCCCGCCCUCGACAACGGGUCUUUAGCGAUUCCAUGGACCUGUGCGAUCGACUCCUUCCGACUAUGGACACUCACGCGACCCUCCUUUCUUCCCUCCCAGACCCUAUGGCAUAUACCCCCUUGUUCUACGGAGUCCUGCAAUCAGUGAUCAAGGCAUCGUCGCAUUACCCACGCGUAAUGGAGGGCUUAGCUACUGCCCUGCUAAAUAUUCACGAUGCUCUAGGUCUCCCUAGUGAUCCUAGCCUAAUCUCAAACGCCGUCCCACAUAUUACGAAAACCUACGCUCUAAUUUUCUUCUUUCUGACCGAAUUCAUGGACUGCCAGGAUGUGUACUCGGAAUUUCAUCACUUAGUCCUCUAUAUACAACUGCAAGCACAGAACCUUCCGUGGCAACAUGUCGCUAUGGACGUCGAUGAGGAGGAGGAGGACCCGUAUAGUGCUCGGGCACUUUGGGAGGAAUCCCGACUCAGCCAAGUAGGACGCCGGGAAACAGACCGUCGGAUAGCGGCACAAAAUACCAUCACCCGUCGGCUCAUCUGGGAAAUCCAGCAAGAUGCAGAGGAGCGUGUUCGGUAUAGGGAGGGCAGAGAUCGAUUGUUGGCAGAGACAUUGAGUUCUGUACGCGAGCAACUGGAGCCGGUCAACGAACAGAGCAGUGGCAUCGUUUGCAUGACCACACCUCCUGCUCCAAAUAUAGAUACAUCCUCCUUUGAAUGGUCCAGGGGAAACAAGCGCCGUCUCGGACGACUCGAGAUUCAAAGUUCAUCUAAGCAUCUCCAGGACUUCUUCGAUAGUGAUGAUCAAAUUUGCGACUACGAACCCGAAGUCAAGGUCGUCGCCGAGGGUAGUAUCGUUGCAUCUCUACAACAAUGGGCCACCAGUUCACGAUCUCAGGCCCUAGCCGUGGGCGGGACUCAACCUACCGCUUCCCUCGACCCCGUGGCUCUAAUUUCAGCCUGUUAUGCCUCCUUCGCACGCCAAGCUCGAUUGCCCGUCGUCUCUCACUUCUGCGCCCUUCCUGAACAGGAGGCCAAAGGCCUGAGUCUACAGGAGCAAGGCUUAAUCGCCCUCACCUACAGUAUAAUCCGGCAAUUAAUCGAUUGGCUUCCUCCCGUAGUCGACAGCGACGCUGUGCUGGAUCUCAGCGCAGAGCGCUUCCGCCAACUAGACGGAACUCUCACCAGCUGGAAAGCCGCGCUAUCAUUAGUCGACACUCUCUUACAAUCCGCCCCACCACUCCUGGUUUUUAUAAUCGACGGCCUAGACGCCAUCCACAACACGUCCACGGACGGAGCCAUCCGCGAGCUCGUCCGCGUACUGCUCACCCACACCCGGCGCCAACCCCAAGGCGGUCUGAACGGACAAGGCCCUACCCUCCUUAUGAAGGUCCUCUUCACCGUUACCGGAAGACCGAGUGCGCUGCUCGAGACGAUGUCUGAACACACCAUCCUUGGUGAAUCCAACAACAACCAACCCACGCCGUCCGAAUCGGUCCUCACAUCGGACCUCGGAGCGGUCAUGAUGAAUGCAUGA